GCUAGCAGCUCAGAACAAAAAACGUGACGAGGCGCGCGCAGCUACUCCUGGCUUGUUAUGCAACUACCGUGACCUACUAACACACAUCUGUGUGUGUGUGAGAGAGAGAAAGAAACUGGAGAGACAAGAGCACGCGGGACUAGAAGGGAUUCACGACACACCAUUCAGGACCACGGCGCGCGCAUAGUCACACACAGAAACACACACUUAAACGGGGAACGUAUUUAAAUGUAAAUAAAGAAAGAAAAGAGAGAGAAAGGAUACCGGAGGACAAAAACACACCUCCCUGCACCCAAACCGGCGCGCGAGACUGCUUCAUUCCGAUCCUUCUUUUACUCCUGGUUCUCAUCCUGCUGAUCAGUGAGGACAUCGGAGCAUACAAACAGGAAAACACCAGCAGGGUUCCACUGUGCAGAAGGUCAGAGUACCUGAGAACAGCUAGGGCUUCUUCAGGUCGUAUCCUGUCUUCAAUGUCACAGACAUCAGCUUCCAGAGGAGCACAAUGGAAAGUCGGAAUCAUCCCAUCCAAACCCCCAACGCAGACUCGGAAGCACUGGAUGUGAUUCCGAAUGCAGGAAGCGAGAACGUGGCGGAGUUGCCUCCGAUCACCAGCAAUGCACGUCAAGGCCGAGUGGCCAAACCCAAACUCAACGUGAACUGCAGACGCAAGCGUGAGUUCAUUUCUGAGGAAAAUAAAGAUGAGUCAUACUGGGAAAAACGCCGCAAGAACAACGAAGCAGCCAAGCGCUCGCGGGAGAAACGCAGACUCAAUGACAUGGUGCUGGAGAACCGGGUGAUGGCCCUCAACGAGGAGAACGUUCGCUUGAAGACAGAGCUCCUUCAGUUGAAGCUCAGAUUCGGGCUCAUCAGCGCCGUGUCCUACAUGGAGAAAACACAACAAAUCAGCAACGCUGCUGAAAACAAGCUCACUUCUGAAAAUCCGCAGUUCCCGAGCACUCAUGUCCUCAUGAACUCGGACUCGUCGGAGGCGGAGCAAAUUACUCAGAGUGAAGGUCAAGUGUCGUUACCCAAAUAUCCCUCUCGAGGAUCUCUGUCCGAUUUCUCAGACGGAUCGUCUCUGGACAGUCCUGAACCGGCGAAAUACGAUACGAAGCGAGAAAGUGCAGUUCAUGUCGGCGUCAUCAACGGCACAGCAAGCCAACAUCAUGGCCGACUGCAGAACCACCACGGCAACGUGCGAGAACAUCACGGGUCCCGUCUACCUGCUUCUAACCAGAGGAGCGUAAUUCUCUACAGCAGUGGCUCGUACGUCACCCAGAACCAAGCGGAUCCAAAACAAGCAGGAAGUGGUGAUCCACCAAGACCGUACGCUUUAGAGACUCUCUCAGAAGUGGCUCAGCAGCUAUCGAGCAGAUCGCUGGACGUGCUGAAUUAUGAUUACGCCAAAAGUAAAGCAGAUGUUCACUACACCCUUCAAGACCAACAUAUACUGGACGAAGCUGAUCCCCAGAACCAGAACAUCGACCUCCCUGAACCACCAGUGCUAAUCUACGAAGGCGAUCUGAGAGACGACAGGUUCUCGUCUUUGAGUAAGGACACGUCCUCGAGCGACGGAGAUUCUCACAGCUCAGACAAAGAAGCGUCCACUGAUGACGAGUCUCCAUCUUCUUCAUCCUCAGAAACCUCGCACUCUGGUCAGAACGGAGAUACUGUUAAAACAGCAGCGUUGCCGCACAAGCUGAGGCUGAAACAUCGAGCCGUGUCUAAUGAGGAUUCCACCUCCAACACUUCAUCCUCUUCAGCACUUCUUCAGUUUGGACAGAACCCCACCCAGAGCGCAGAUGGACCUCCUGAACCUCCUCCAUGCAGAGUAAGCGUGAGGACAGGAUCAGGAUCACGAGGAGGCAGGAAUAAGAAACGUGACUGAGAUGGAUCCUCUGGUUCCAGAAACAGAUGUUUCAGAGCACAGAGACUCAGAUUAGCUCCACUGACUCGCUCAUCGGCCUUCUGUAUUUUUUAAAUUGCGUUAACUCUCUAGACUUAUUUUUCUGUUGUCUGGAUUACAGCUGUGAAGGAGAUCUGGCCUGGUUCCUCACGCUCUAGCUCGGACUCCAUGUUGGACCGUCGUGGUGUGACGAUGUCAUGUGUUCAGAACUUGCUGAGAGCAAAGCUAAAGUGCACUACAGUCCUCAAAACCUUCCCAGCACUUCUUCUACUUCAGCACUACAGGAACACUCGCUCACCUUCACCCACGUGAGCAUCGUGGGAGAAAAAGUAAGCAGAAUUUCUCUGACCAGGAACAAACAAUACACAUCUAGAUGAAGAAGUGAGAUGUGAUUUAGGAUGGAUCCUGCUGUCCAUCUAUUAGCACUAAAAAGAUGUCAGUUAUAACACUAAUGCAUUUUUACACACACACAAACACACACACACACUGCAGGGUGAGAAUUGAUUAUUAGCACUUAUUCACACUAUUUUCCAAACAUGUUAUGUGUAAAGACUUUUUAAUCGAGCUG